CAUUAGUCCAAUCCAACUGGAUCGCGACUAAAAGCGACUAUAAAGAGCCGGCAAUCGAGGGCAUUGCCGAAAAACCAGACCAAACUCCUCAGUGUGUCAAGUUGAGCUUGCGGCGGAAGUGCAUCAUAAAUCUGUUAUCAAAAUUAGAUGGAAGUGGAGUGCACACGAUGCAAAAAGCGGGUAACCUCAAUGGGUUAAAUGCUGAAUAUUUCAACUUUCCACACUUUUCAAGUUUUCGGUAUUGUUAAGCCUAAAGGAAACUUGACUUCAAAGAUUGGCCGCUUUUGUAAUAAGACAAAUCUUAAAAGUUACUUUGUACUGGUUCUGGUUUUUGCCAAAAAAAUCGGCCUUAAAUUUGUUACAUUUGCAUUUUUUUGCUUUUGCCUUUUUGUUAAAUCAUAAAUCUGUAAUCAAAAUUAGAUGGAAGUGGGGUGCGAUAAUCAAUUAGUUAAAUGUCUAACGAAGUCUAGUAGUGAAUUUUUAAACCUUCCGUUUUCGGUGUUAAAUCUUAAAGAACCUUAAGUUAAAGGUAUUGCGCUUUUGUGGGAAGAUAAAUUCUUAAUGCAAAGUGUACUAGCAGUCAAUUUGUGAAAUCUCAGCUUUCUGUCAAAAAGUAUGCUUUGUGGUAAUUGCAUUUAUUUUAGUUUUUGCUUGAUUAUAACUUCCUGAGGAUGUGGCUUGGAAAUAUACCUUCUGUGAUUUUGUGCAAUUUAUGGUUUCUGCGAAAAAAAGUAAACAAAUUUAAACAAAUCUUGUUUAAAUUUUUAAACAUUAUGGUAAUUGAUAAAGAUUUCUUGAGGAUGUGGUUUGCAGAUAUAAAUUCUACUUCCAAUUAUAGACUCAUAUGAGUCCAGUAGGUCAUGAUAACCUCUUUGAUUUUAGUGUUCAACUGGGACAGCAUUGCCUUUUACUUUGUGGGAAGAAGUCGUAACCGCUUACAUUAUUUUCCCAGUUUGCAAAGCAUUCAGUUCACAAAAUUUUGGUAAAUCCCCUUUUUGGAGUUACAAAUUGUUAGCCUUCAAAAUUGAAAAUUCAAAAAUUCAGUUCGGCGUUUCCCAUCAGACUCAGACACACACACACGCGCAUCAAAAUUAUAAGUUUUUGAAAGUAUAAUUUUUAGCAAGAUGAAUACCACUUUUAGGGUGGCUCGAAUGAGCCUGCAUCGCUGUUGCCGUUUUGUUGGCCACAAAGCUAGGAGCAAUGAGGCUUCCGGUUUGCGGCGAUUACCGGCAGCUUCCGGCCAAAAGCGAAGAUUUGCCGACCGAUACACCUUCGAUGACAAGACCCAGGCCCAAAUCGAAGGUUUUAGAAAUGAUAUGAGCAUGGCUGAGCUUCCCCGCGAGUCGCCUUGGCGCGAAGAAAGUUCUGCUGAUUUUCCCGAGCGUCUGGAUGAGUUGGGCUACGAGUCGCACUGCAACGAUCGCCUGUACAUGGCAAAGAACAAAUUCAGGGAUGCCCAGGACCAGUACAUAAUGGAGCGCGAGGAGCGGCGUACGGAGGCGCAGAAAAGGAUUCAAAAUCAUUUUUCGCGCAAUCAACAGGAGCCGGAAACAAUGCGGCGCCGUGCUAUUCAGCAGGAUCCCGUCGAACACCAAAAAAGGCAGGAGCAAAUCAUCGAGCAGAAUCGACGCAAAUGGCAAAGCCGCCCGGCAUCAAGGAGGGAAACGAAUAACUCGGGCAUCACCUAUCGGCCGGAACUGCGACGGGAAAAGUAUUUUGAGGAGAAGCAGCAACGGGAAACGGCGAAACGCAAUCCGGGAAGUGCUGAGGAUGCGUCUGAGGGCGAAACAAUGGUCUACGAUUCCAAUCGUCCCACUGCCGAGUGGCUGAGAAAGCGCGAGGCGGCGAACGAGGCUGAGUACUGGCACUCUUGGCACACCUGUCCCAGCUCCCGAGAUGCGGAGACCACGGAGGAGGUGAAGCCCCAUCUGCGACGCAAGAAGGUGGUGUCCCAUCCGCCCGCUUAUCCUCGAGAUGGUCAGCGACGCGGCUACCAUCAGAUAGUGCCACCGGUUUACCGGCUCAAAGCCAAAACCGCAGUGCUGCUGCACAAACGACGACCCAAUGGCAUCGAGAAGCAAUUCCACAAGUUUGCCCGCAAACAGGCCACACCCUGGCAUCAGGAUGUGCCACAGACCAGUGCGCAACCACAGCAAAAACCCCAAGUGGUGCCAAAAAAGAAGGAGGACGAAAAGAAGCCCAAGCGCAAGGAGGAUCGUCGAUCCGUGGAGCCCCCAAGAUUCCGGAUGGUCGUAAAGAGCCGUACUCCGGUGUCGCGACCCUCUACGCCCGUUUGUAAUUACUCCGGGCAGUUCGACAUGCCGCCCACCAUCGCCGGACCCAGUGUUUACAUGGCGGCACUUCGUAAAUCCCUCGCCGAGACCUGCCGAAACUACUCCAGCGGCAACACCAACUAGUGCAGAUUUGAAAAACAUUGUAAAACGCCCGUUUAAUUUUAAAAUGUGAAUACAUUUGGCUGAGCUCCUUUAGGGGUUCUGGGCUAUUAUAAUUACAUUUAGAACUAUUGACGCAUGAAAA